AUGCAUCUUUUUGCGCGGUCUAUUACCGUAGUAACUUAUCUUCUGGGUGUCUGCUCGGCGUUUAAGGUGCCUGGCCGCGUUAAUGUGGGAGGCAACGGGCUCAUUCCGAGUUCUUGCAGAGGAUGGAAUCUGCACAGUAGCAUACGCAGCACAUUUAACGGCCAUCCAAACCCACGUAAACUGCAUAAGCGGCCGUUUUGGGCGGAUAUGUUUGACGAGGAAGUGGAAAUCGAGCCGCUGGGCCCGCCGUGCCCCAAGCUGCUGGACGACGUUGUGCGUGGCGAACGCCGCCUCCGGUUGACACUCAAGAGGUCGCACAGACAAAUGUGCGCCACAAUCGUGGAUGACGUUGCUAGGCAUGUGCACUGUUUCAUGUCAACGAACUUCCGUUACCUCGGCCAUAUAUUCGGCCAGGAGCCGACAAAGGACCCAAAAAUCAUGAGGAAUAAAGGCGGGAACGUGCGUGCAGCGUAUGAGCUAGGCAAGCUUAUAGGCAGGCAGGCGCGGCAGAAAGGAAUAUCGCGUGUUGUCUUUGACCGUGCUGGGUACAGGUACCACGGACGGGUAGAGGCGCUGGCGAUUGGCGCCCGUAAGGUGGGUCUCGACUUCUAG